ACGACGCGUUUUUUUUUUAAUUUUUAAUUUUAUCGAGAUUUGAGCUGUGUAUUUAUGGUUGUAUUAUCGUCGUCUCUGCUGAGUGGCUCAUUUAGAAAUCCCAGCGAUUUAGCCCGAGUCGCAAACUCAGAAGCUUCAAUUGGACUCAGAGGGGGAGAGAGAGAGAGAGUAGAAAGUCAACACCAAAAGAAGAACAAGCAAACACUUUGUAUUUUCUGCGGGAACAUAGGAUCUCUCUUUUCAGCCCUCUCUGCAAUCAUGAGCUCGCUUGUGCAAGGCUUUUCCAAAUCUCUGGCGAUGACCGUGCUAUCCGAGAUUGGCGACAAGACGUUCUUCGCUGCAGCGAUCUUGGCAAUGCGUCAUCCAAGGAGACUUGUCUUGUCAGGAUGCCUGGCAUCUUUAGUUGUGAUGACUAUUCUUUCUGCUGUUGUUGGCUGGGCUGCUCCAAAUCUUAUCUCUAGGAAAUGGACUCAUCACAUAACGACAGUGCUGUUCUUGGUAUUUGGGCUGUGGUCUUUAUGGGAUGGAUUUAGGGAGGAUGGGGAGGCUGAAGAAUUGGCUGAAGUUGAAGCAAAACUGGAUGCUGACUGGAAGGCUAACACAGGAACAGUCAAGGAGGGCAAUAAGGCUGAUGAUGAAUUGAAGAAGGAGAGGCGGCCAUUUCUCACACAGUUCUUCUCUCCUAUAUUUCUGAAGGCAUUUUCCAUCACAUUUUUUGGUGAAUGGGGUGACAAGAGCCAGCUCGCUACCAUUGGUUUGGCUGCAGAAGAGAACCCGUUUGCUGUGGUUCUUGGUGGCAUUGUCGGACAAGCAUUGUGCACCAUUGCUGCUGUCCUUGGAGGAAAGAGCUUGGCAUCUCAAAUAUCUGAGAAAUUUGUUGCGCUCUCGAGCGGAGUUCUUUUCAUUGUUUUCGGAAUCCAAUCCUUCCUCUCAACUGUAGAGUCUUGAUGACUUACCAGUGGGAUCGCAAACAGGUUAGCUAACAAAUUUCACAUGUUGACAUUCUCGUUUUCCAAAUUCAUGGAGUAUGAUUGUGCACAAGUGCUAAUUCUGAAGUGAACUUCUAUAAGGAGUUUAAAAAAUAAUAUUCAAAGGAUUGAAACCUAUGUGAUGUUGGCAGCACCUUUGGCCAUGCCAAUGGUUUCUACUUUGUAUUUUAUCUGACUCUCAUUGCUGUAUUUUUUCUUAACUGUUUAACCAUCUUUGGAUACCUUACCAAACGGGAUUCUUUUAUCCAUUUCGUUACUUAAUGGGAUCUUUUUACUAUCUUUGGAACUAA